UUCGUUGGUAAACUGUUUCACUGUCUGAUUCUCUCUCUCUCUCUCUGCUGCAGUUUUUCAGUAGCCAGACACGAUCUGAAUUCUUGUUAAGCUCCACAUAAGAAGAGGGAAACCAUGUCGAUGCAAAAGAGAGCUCUGCCUUCCUCUUCUUCAGGUCAACCAAGUCAACCCAAGAGGCCAUGCUUCCCUCCAACCGAUCAAGCAUGGAACGGGUCCGAGAUGAAUGUCAUGCCGUGUUGCUGUUUGACAGAGGAGAAAUUGCGGAGUGUGGUCAGAGAAGAGCUGGAGCGUGCUAAACCUGACUGGGCUGAAUAUUUUCAGAGUUGCAUCCGGAAUGCUCUCAAAGAUAUAGUGCCACAGAUGCGCUCAGAGAAUGAUUUUCAGAGAUUGAAGGAAGCAGUGGAGUCUGGAAACAGUCACACUCUACACCUCGAAAGGGGUAAUGCUAAAUCUACAGCAAACAAUGGAGCGAGAAACUUACAGCUUCAACUGACAACCAAACUGUCACUUCCUCUAUUUACUGGAAUGAAAAUAGAAGGAGAGGAGGGUGCUCGCAUUUAUGUUGCCUUGAUCGAUGCGAACACAGGGGAUGUUGUUACAUCAGGCCCAGAAUCCUCCAUUAAGUUGGACGUCGUUGUGCUUGAAGGUGAUUUCAACAAAGACAAUGAGGAUAACUGGGCUCCAGAAGAGUUUAAGAACUACGUGGUUAAAGAACGUGAAGGAAAGGGGCCGCUUUUGGCAGGAGAUCUCGUAGUGAAGCUAAAGGGAGGUGUUGGGGAGCUGGGACAACUGAUAUUUACUGACAAUUCCAGCUGGAAUAGGAGUAAAAGAUUCAGGUUAGGGCUUAAGGUGGCAUCGGGUUUUUGCGGGAACACGCGAAUCCGAGAAGCAAAAACAGAUGCCUUCCCUGUCAAGGAACAUAGAGGGGAAGCUUACAGGAAACAUCAUCCACCUGCAUCUGACGAUAAGGUGUGGAGGUUGGACAAGAUUGCCAAAGAUGGGACAUCUCACCAUAAACUGAGUAAAGCUGGAAUAUGUACAGUGGAGGACUUUCUACUGCAACUGUUCAUGGACCCCAAGAAACUGAGAAAGAUUCUCGGAAAGAGCAUAACAGAGAAUAAGUGGGAUAGCCUCAUAUGCCAUGCAAAGACUUGCAAAACAAAGUGGAAGCUUUACUGGGACUAUCCUGAUGGCGUGACGAAGCAUGGUGCUGUAUUCAACACUGAUGGUCAACAGAUCGGCCUAGUGAAAGACGGGGAAUAUUUUGCUACUCAUCGACUUUCCGCCCAAGAGAAGGAACAUGGAGAUACAAUCGUGAAAAAGGCUUUGGUUAACUGGAAUGAUGUGAAAGAGUUCAGUGGUGAGACGUUUUCUGAUUCAAUGCAGAAGAAUAGCUCAAGCUCAUUUUCAUCUCAAGUCCUUAGUGGACAAAUUGAAAAUUUCAACCCUGUUCCAAGUUAUUUGGCUCCACCAAUCUUUGCUGCUCCAGUUUGUCCGGAAGCUCCUCUGGCAAAUGUGGGCUCCACUGCUGUAGGACUCAAUGGUGCAACGGCUUUGGCAUUGUCAGUUCAGUCACAAAAUACCAAUUCUGGAAAUUCCAUGGAGAUUACAGUUGAUGAAAUUUUUCGUCUUGCUGCACAUCGGCCCAUGUCUGCAGACUGCUCGAAUGUUCGGAUCCCUCCAGGAUAUCAUGGUGAGGUGGAACUAGCUGCUGGUGCUGGUGAUGCUGGCUCGGCGGGGGGCAGCACCGGCUGGUGGGGGAGAUGA